GGCCACUCAGCCCGCGGCACAAGAUGGCGGCGCGCUGGUCGCGGCGCGCUUGCCUUCGUUAGUAGGGGUGGCAGGCACCUGAGGAGGCGGUGGCUUCGUCUCGGAACGAGUGACCAGGUUUUUUUCAACCCCUUGAGACAAAGUGGAGCCUCCCUGUGGUGUAGUGAAACCAGAGUUGGGAAUCAUUUGCUUAGACAACAAAUCGAUUGUUCUCUGCCAUAUCAGUUGAAUCCAGGAAGAUGACCGGCAUCUCACCAUAACACUUAGGAAUACACGAUACUGAAGCUUAUCACUUAAAUUGACACUCCAAAAAAGGAUGGCUUUGAAUAAAUCAAUGCAUGCAAGGAACAGGUACAAGGAUAAGCCUCCUGAUUUUGCAUACCUGGCAUCCAAGUACCCAGAUUUUAAGCAGCAUGUCCAGAUAAAUCUGACUGGAAGAGUGAGUCUUAACUUCAAGGACCCCGAAGCUGUCCGAGCUUUGACUUGUACUCUCUUAAAGGAGGACUUUGGGCUUUCCAUUGAUAUUCCAUUGGAAAGGCUCAUUCCUACAGUUCCACUUCGACUCAACUAUAUCCACUGGGUGGAAGAUCUGAUUGGCCCUUGGGACCCAGCCAGUAGUGCCCCACGCCGAGGCAUUGACAUCGGUACAGGAGCGUCUUGCAUCUAUCCUUUGCUUGGAGCAACUCUCAAUGGCUGGUAUUUCCUUGCAACAGAAGUGGAUGAUAUGUGCUUUCAUUAUGCUAAGAAAAAUGUGGAACAGAAUAAUUUAUCUGAUCUCAUAAAAGUGGUUAAAGUACCACAGAAGACACUCCUAAUGGAUGCUCUUAAAGAGGAAUCUGAGAUCACUUAUGAUUUUUGCAUGUGCAACCCUCCCUUUUUUGCCAACCAGUUGGAAGCCAAGGGAGUAAACUCUCGAAAUCCUCGUAGGCCUCCCCCAAGUUCUGUAAACACUGGGGGCAUCACAGAAAUCAUGGCAGAAGGAGGUGAAUUAGAGUUUGUCAAAAGAAUCAUCCACGACAGUUUGCAGCUGAAGAAAAGACUGAGAUGGUAUAGUUGCAUGCUUGGAAAGAAAUGCAGCCUGGCUCCAUUGAAGGAAGAGCUUCGCAUUCAAGGGGUCCCCAAAGUAACCCACACUGAAUUCUGUCAGGGACGUACAAUGAGAUGGGCCUUGGCUUGGAGCUUUUACGAUGAUGUGACGGUGCCUUCACCUCCAUCUAAAAGAAGGAAACUAGAAAAGCCUAGGAAGCCCAUUACAUUUGUAGUAUUAGCAGCCACAAUGAAAGAGUUAUCCCACAAAGCUUCUGCCGUGGGCUCAGAAACUGUGGAAGGCAUAACAGUUAUUACAACAUGGCUUGAAAAAAUCCUCACUGAUCUGAAGGUCCAGCAUAAACGAGUUCCCUGUGGAAAAGAUGAAGUUAGUCUAUUCCUAACAGCCAUUGAAAACUCUUGGGUUCAUUUAAGGAGAAAGAAAAGAGACAGAGUAAGGCAAUUGAGAGAAGUUCCUCGAGCCUCUGAAGACUUCAUUCAAGCUAUGGAAGAAGAGAAACCUAUGCCCAAAGAGAUUGAAAAUAAUCCAGAUUGGACCAAGUGCCCUGAGGAGGGCUCCCCAUCCAGGCCUGCUGUGUGUGGAGCUGAAAGUCCCCAUCCAGACAAUAGCCAAGAACCAAUGGAGGAGGAAGGGACUGAGAAAACGGGAAGGACAGAGGUUUUAGAAAGUGUCAGGGGCGCUUUCUGUGCCACCGAGGAGCUAGAUGCUCCUGAAGAAGUCGCCACUAGAGUGACUGAAAGAGAGAGGAAUUCUCAAGGGACUCUCGGACAUUAUCUGUUUAAGUGUUUAAUCAAUGUCAAGAAGGAGGCAAACGAUGACACGGUGGUAGAGAUGCAUUGGGUCGAGGGCCAGAACAGGGACUUAAUGAACCAGCUCUGUACGUAUUUACGCAACCAGAUUUUCAGGCUUGUUGCUAGUUAGCCACAAAUUCCUGGCACAGCUGGGUCAGUCAGAUGUAGGGCAGCUUGCCUUUUAGAACUUCUUUUUACUAAUUCAGGGGGAAAAAACAAUGACACUAGCACGAAUUUUUUAAAGAUAAUUUCAGCAAGUCAACACUGGAAUGGAUUUUUUGUUUAGAUGCAGGGAAUCACUGUGAAGUGACACCAGAGGAAAUGUCCUGGAUAUUAAUAACAAUAAAAAGCUACCAGGAGGCUGGGGUUCUGGACAGAUUUAAGUCUGCCUGACUUAGUGUUGGACUGGCUCUCCAAGGCCAUCAGAUUGUUAGUGUGGCAUCUGAGGUUUAGGUCAGGCAUCUCUUUCACUGUGGCUGAGAAGGCACCUUGGCCUGCAGGGGUGUGCUCGGUCUCUCAGGUCUUCUCUAGAGGCUACUGCUUUAGAAGGGCAAGUGGCUUUCAUUACCUCCACUCAAAAGACAGAUCACUUAGCAGGCUCAAGGCCUGUCUUCAUGAGUCACCAUCCAAGACAACUUGAUUGCUCGUGUUCUCUUCUGAUUGACCCUUCCACCCAUGUCCCAUGCCCCACCCCAUAUCUGCAAACAGGAAACUGACCGUAGGGGUCCAAUGGUGAGUCAGGGCUGGAUAGAACAACAGGGCAAAGAGCUUCAGAUCCAUUCCCAGAAAGAUUGCCUCAACUUGGAUUUUCUUGAUAAUUAGAAAUUGGCAAGAGGCAUGUGCUUAAUGAGUAAAUGAGAAUCAUGACUCAUCUCUUUUAUGCUCUUGCUCCAGAACCUAAGAGUAAAACAGAAUUCUCCACUCUGAGCCUGGCAUAUUUCCCCCCUAACUUGUGUACAGUGUUGUACUUUAGUAGAAUUAAUUCCACACAAUUUUGGAAUUAUUUUCAAAUCUCAACUAAGAUUCAAUUGAUGUAUACACAUACACGUAUAUGUACUUGAAAAGGAUCAAUCCUAUUUCUUGUUUCAGGAGGCUCCCUGUGAUUGAUUUGAAGUUGUCAGAAGCUAGGAGUAGACAUUUGUUGUCAAAGUAUUCUUGGCAAUCAGGUACUGGCCCAAACCUUGAAGAGUUCAUUUGUUGGUAGGUAAAUUGAUGCUGAUUGAACAUUCUGAUCUAAAGAUUCAAUUCUCAUCCUCAUUAUAUAGUCUUACUAGCAGUAGAAUUUUGAUUCCUAAUGUAACCAGCUUCUCAAAACAAGUGUUAAAAUGCUUUGGAUUAGGGUUGGAAAGGCUGGGCUUUUGUUUUCAAGCACCAUGUGAGAGUUAGCCCCAGGUCUUCCCUUCUCCAGGACCAACUCUCUAUUAUAUUCCCUUGGCUGCAAUGUCCUAGUUCUGAAUUUUAUCUAUCUAGAGUUAUAUGUAUCUCUUGCUCCCUUUCUCUUCCUCUAGGGGAAAAAAAUCACAAGCACUGAGGUUUUUUAAGAGUACGGUCAAGGGGGCAGGGUACAGCUAGGUGGCGCAGUGGUUAAAGCACCGGCCCUGAAUUCAGGAGGACCUGAGUUCAAAUCUGGCCUCAGACACUUGUCACUUACUAGCUGUGUGACCCUGGACAAGUCACUUAACCCUCAUUGCUCCGAGGGGGGCGGGGGAAAGGGAAAGCCACCCUGAGCACACAUGGGGUUUCUUUGCCCAUAGCUCUUGGCUUUAUUGUUAAAAGCAUGUGCCUGUGAUUUCAUGGCCUAGACAGUUAAAGAUGGAAGGGACCUCAGAGGCAUUUAGCCUGGUCCUCCCUCCCCCCUUUCUCAUACCCUCCAUUAUACAGGUAAGGGCCAUGAAGCUAAUUAGGAACAGUGCUAGGGCUAACCCCACAUUUCCUGGCAUUAGGGCGUAAUUUCUUGUUUGCAGUACUCAUAUUAAAUGAUAGUAGUUUCAUAUUUAAAACAGAAAACAGUGUUUGCUGUUUUUUGUCAGAAAAGAAAGGUACCUACUAUGUGCCAAGGAACUUCACUAAGUGCUUUUUACAAUUAACUCAUUUGAUCCUCCCAACCCAUCCUGUGAGGUAGAUGAUUAUGAUCCCCAUUUUGUAGUAGGAGAGACUGAGGCAGAUGGGUUAAGUGACUUGACUAGGGUCACACAGCUAGUCAAUCUCUGAGGCUGGAGUUGAACUCAAGUUCUCCUGACUCGACGCUUAGUGCUCUACCAACAGCACCAUUAGUUCCCUCUGGGGGAUAGGACUUCAGAAGGGAAAGCAAUCUUAGAGGUUCCAUGGUCCAACCCUGUUUCUCAGAUGCUGAAAGUGAGGGCUAGAGCUGGUAAAUAGCUCAUCUAGCAUCCUAGUCUGCAGCAGAGCUUGGCCUGUGGCUUCCAUUCCAGGGGCCUGGUGUCAUUGUGGCUUUGGUUUGAUGGAAGGUUAGAGAAACUCUCCCAUUUGAAGGCGUUAAAUCAGGAUUGCACUUCCAUUUGAAAUUAUGGGGAAGCAAGUUGGAGCUUGGCUGUAUUCGAACCCUUCUUGAUUGAAAUGCCUCCUUGGGAAAGAAUAGGCUACUUUGGGCUCAGAGAAUCUGGCACUGUUUUCCCUGUUUAUAAAACACUGAAUUGUGAAAAACAACCAGUUAUUUUAAAAAUGUUUUUGCUUGAGCACAUAUUUUCCAGCUGGGCCAGAGGGAGGUGGGGAUGGAUGUCUCUUCUUUUAAGAAGUCGAUUUCUGUUCCUGAGCAUAUGGUCGGUUAGACUCAUAAAAUCAGCACGAUGCUGACUAUCUAGAGGUCCAGGCCUUUCUGGAGAAAGGUCUGUGUAUUAGCUGACAGUCUUUGGCAGGCUUACCUAGACAUGCUCUUCUGCCCCCUGGUGUUGGUUUCCCUUUGUUAAUUGCUUGGUAAUUGGCAAAGAGAGGGAGGCAAGCUUGCUUUUGACCACAGCUGCCCUUGUUCCCUACGGGGAUGUAUGUGCUUUCAGAACUUGCUUCCCUUUUCCCCUGUCUCACCAGCCUCCAUAUGGAACACUGUUUACCAGGUUUGUUCCUGAAGCAUGUCUCACAUCCUUGCCACAUUCUGUGUUCAUGGCAUUGAGUUAGGCCAUGCUUCCUGCUCUUGUCUGACCCAACCCUCUUAUUUCACCCUUUUUGACUUUCAUGUAUAUGUUUGAUCCCAGAUCCAAUGGUCUCUUGCCCCUUCUUAUGUGCAUAUGAUUUUAGAGGUUCAUCAGGAGUGAAUAGAAUUGAGUUUGAAAACUCUUUUGAUGUUGAAGCUCACUUGAAUAUAAAUUGUUCAGGAGCAAAUGGCAUUGAUACCCUUCUAUUUUAAUCCCCCAGGUGACUUCCCAUAGUGUAUUUGCUUCUUCAAGUGUACAGCCAGAAUUGUAAAAUUGUUCUGGGCUUAUCCAUACUGAGAAGGUGUCAGUAGUCUUUCCAGGAUUCUGUCCUUGUAGGCUGCUGACUCAUCUACUUUGUCUGACGUGUGUUGCCCGAUUGGCCAAUAAUAUCAUUGAAGAUCUUUUGAAUAGGUCUAGUAUGCUCAGACCAUAGGCUACGUUGGAAAGAGAGAAAAGUGCUGACAGGUCACAUAGCCUAAUAGUGUUCUUUUUGAACCUAGAUCUGUGCUAACCCUCUUGCCAUUUCUGUUAGUGGCAUUUUGAAGAAGUUAGCUAAGCAUAAGGAUUCUAUUGACAUUGAAAUUGCAUCCUUGACCUACUUUCUUAGAAUGCUUUCUGGUUGCAGCUCAUGUUUAAUGUUAAGUGAAAUUGGUUCCAUAACUAACAACAUCCAAUCUUUUGUAUCAUUGGUAGUGAGUGGUAACCUGGUUGAAUAGCAAUGGGAAUAUUUGAUAACAUGAUACUGCAACUCUGAGAACAUAUAGUUGGGUCAGAGACACCCCCCAGAAGACACCAGGUGAUGGUGCCAGUGUCAGCAGACCUCCUAAGGACAGACCCCACAAGCCCAAGAUGACCCUCGGGUCUUCUAAGAUGGCUUGGAAGUUCUGCAGAGUUCGAUGUAAUCUAGAAGAAUUCCAAAUGAAAGAGCUAGCCACAUGACACGUCAGCUUGGGCAGUGCUUAAACAGCUAGAUACUCAGCAUGCCAACUUUGUGUAUGUUUGGAAAGAUCUCCCCUGUUGAAUCUGAAGCCUGAGAUUGCUGCCGGUACUGGAGCUCCCUUGAAAUACAGACAUUCUGCAACUCCACAUUCCUUAGCUUGGAGCUCUUCGUGAGUGGUGCUGCUGACAUGACUGAAGGGUAUAAUGCUGAAUGUGCUUCAAAGGGCCAACUCUGUGUGAUGAGGGUUGGGUUGUCUCCCUGUCCUAGGAUGGCAGAGUUCACAUUUGCCUCAUGGAACUUGAGGAUCUCCCAGCUGGCUGUUAAGAUUGUCCAGAGCUUUUGACUCAUGCCUGCCCUGGGGGUGAGAGCACCUUGAGAACACUUCACUUGAUCUUCCAUAGGGAGUGUCUUUGAUCCUGUAAUACAAAUGUUGUGAGGUGUGGGGAGUAUGUUCCUGUUGGAAAGUGUUGGGUUAGGAUGCAAAUCAACUCCUUAGUACCUACUGCUUUACUAUGGCCUUGCUUCUGGGAAACAGAGGCCAGCUGUUCAUCCAAACCAGUCUCUGGGACUCUAGAGUGACUCUAGAAAGGGAGAGGGAGAGGGAGGGAGGGAGGUAGACAGAGAGAGAGAGAAAGUAAAUAAAUCUUUGAGCCUCUCAUUCAUUUCCUCUCCAAGGACCUGCAUUGUACUUGAUGCAAAUAGUACAUGCGUGGCAUUCCCUCUCGUGGCCACAAGGGGGCAUUUGUGGUCUUUUUUCCCCAAAGUGCUCACUUAUGGGAAAGAAUGGCUUGGGCCUUGGUGUUGGUAUUUUCUUAAAGAACUUUUAUGUUUUCAUUGCUUCCAAAACGAAGAUUAGCUUUCCAGAUAAACCAUUUCCUCCUGAGCUGUCAUCAAGGAUGUGAAGUUCUUUUGACUUUGUCUUUGCGGUUAAUUAGCCUUUAAGAAACUUUUAAAGGGGCGUGGGGGACGGAGCAGGUUACCACAGUCAGUAAAUACACACUCUCAGGCCUGAUUAGAAAUUGGGAGUGUUCGGAAGAAACUCUGGAACGUUCUUCAGUCAGAUUUUUCAGUGCUUCCCUUUUCCCUGUUGAGUUGGAUAGUUUGGCUGAGUGAGUACACUAAUAACCCUGGCACGCUGCUGUUUAAACCAGGGCGGCCUGUUGAAUGCGAGGGCACCAAUGCGCACACACUUUUACCCCGAACCUCCUCCCCUGGGACGUGUGCUGCAGUUCUGUGCCUGGUUAGGGCACCAUGCUGGCUCUGCUUUCCCACUACUUCAGGCUCAUGCUCUGUGGCCAUUAGGCUGGCCCUGAGCUCAGCCUCUGCCUUGUUUAGGGGGCUGGUUUUUGGAAAAGCAAGGCAUGAAAUAGUGUUGGAGUUGUUAGGGAUUUACCCAUCAGGCAAAAAUGUAAACUCUGAGACUGUUGCUUCCUGUGAGCACAGACAUGCUGGGCUGGGAGGCUGGGGACUUAUUUCGGUACCAUUCAAGGCAGUGAACCUGGAGAAAGAUAUGACCUAAUUGGAAAAAAGUUGCUAGGUCUUUUGUAAUUGAGCUGUUGGUCUUAACUGAAAGGUAAUUCCUGUACUCCUAGACUACCAGUGAUCAGAAGAGAAGUCACUUGGUAUGCUCCAGAGGCAGACAAGGGACCACAUUCUGUUGUGGGGUCUGUGUUUUAGAAAAAAUCUGGACAAAUGUGACCAAGGUGGUGAGGGACCAGGGAGAGCUGCAGAACUGGGAGUAGUGGGGAGGAGGAGCAGGUGCAGAGCUAGGCAGGAUGUAAAUAAAAUACUGAAUUGAGUUGUCUAAGAGAAAGGGCUGCCUCCUAAGCUAAGAAGUCCCUGUUGGAGAAAAAAUUCUUGGCCAGGGAUGAAUUAAUUGAACUACUUGCCCUCUGAAUUCUUUUGCACAUCUUAGAUUCUCUGAUUCUGUGAAUGCCGGUGCCUGGGGGCUACUCAAGGCCUCCAGACCCAGAAAUAUCUUAACGGCACUAGUGGGUGAGAGCUUGCUCCCUGGGGCCAUGAUUUGAUUUCUUUGGGCCUCUUUAGCUACAUGAGUAAAUGCCCUCUUUGUUUCAGGCCCUCAAGAGCUUUCUGAGUGCCCCUUGCCUCCAGUUCUUCAAAGUCUCUUCACAGUAUGCUCUAGGACUCUUAGGUCUGAGCCUCCCAGGGGGCUAUGCUGUGACUCACCCAAAAGACUAAAAGAGCAAUUUGUUUAUUUAAUUGGUAAUUGGAGCAGCAGCCAGUGCUGCAUUGAGUAGGUUUGCACUUGUACUUAGGGCGAAGCCUGUUUUGACUAUGGUGAAGGCACUACACCUCACAGUGGCCACGGAGAUGUAGCUUCUUUGUCUUAGUCUAAUCAGAAACGCCACUAUUUGGACUUUUUGGCGAGGGAUUUGUUAGGAGAUGCCGAUCACAUUGGCUGGUUGAGGUUAAUGCAACAGGACUGGAUUGUGUCUGGAGCUCUGGUGAGGAAAGAUGUUAUAUUGGUCCAAAACAAUAGAGUGGUGAGUGUGGGUCCAUCGAGUGGAUUGGGAUGGGGAAGUGGGGUGUAUGGGGCUCUUGUCAAAGGAAGGAUCCUAAGAUGAAAGAUGACGAUUGUGUGGCAUCACCUUUUUAUCCCCAACCAGAGCUCGGAUUCUCAUUAUGUUGGAGAGGCUUAUGUGAGUAAGCCUCUCCCCAAACACAACCUCCUAAAGCCCACCUGACCAGUGCCAGAUACCAAGGCACUUUCAUUAAUGACAAUGGGAAAAAGAGAAGUCACUUCUUAUUAACAGUUGGUAAUUAGGCUCUUGAGGUAGCAUUCCUGCAACCUUGCUUCCCAUGAUCAUUGUCUAAGGGUUAGAGUAAGAGAAAUAGCUAAUAAUUCGUUUUUAAUAACAUCCUACUAAAUAUUUCUAUCUGGUAGUAUUUCUAGCUCAAAUAAUUAGUGGUCAUACAAAAUAAAAGUCCUGUUAGAGUACAUGUUGGAUCAGAAUUAAUGUGAAAUAGCUGUUAAUUACCUAAGGACAGCUUGGCAACUUGGAAUUGGAUCAUAAUGGACAUGACACUUGAUUUUCUUUCCUUUUAGCACUCAGUCCCAAGUAUCUCAGUUACAAAACAAACAGGACCAGUUUGCUUUUUGAGAUUGUUCCUUGUGACGAGAUCUGUAGACGUUGAUCUUGCUGCCUCUGGCAGCUGUUGGAAGAAUAGCACAUUCUCUGUUGUAGGUUCUCCUGGUGCAGGUGUCAGCUGUCACUGAAUGGAGGUGGCAGUGGCAAGCGCUUCCCUCAGCCGGGUGGAGCCAGCCAGGCAGGGGGUGCCCCCUGAGGAUUAUAAAGCUGAGGUUGAAGCAGAAAGCUUGGGACCCAGGUGGUUUUUUUCUGCCUCAGAAGUGUCUAUGAUUUUGAGAUGUGAGCUCAAGGGAGCAGGGUCAGAGUAUGGAAGAGCAGCCCCUACCAACCUGGAGUUGAAGCACUUCCCAGACAGGGGCUUGCCUGAGGACUGGAGUACCCUGAAUCCACUUCCAGGAUGAGCCUGUCCUUCAGUUUGCCUGUAACUGACCUGACCUGUGAGGGAGCUGAUCUUGUUUUCCCUUUCUGGGGAGCCAGCAGUGUUUGCUAGCCCGAAUUUUGGUACCACUAAGAGUGUGUUGGUGUGUAAGCUAUGGGAAGAUGGGCCCUCUAGAAAAGCCUAGCUUUCACUGAGAGGGCCAGACAAUUCUGCUGGGGGAGAGGGGCGUGGAGGGUAUCUGCUGAGUGGAGACAGAAACUUCUGUUUCUGAGAGUUCUCCAUAGCUGGGGGAAACCUCACCAGAGGUGCUAGACGUCCCCUCCCUGUCUUGUGUCUUCACUGCUCAGAGACAGAGAAAAGAGGCCUUGCUACCCGGUGGUAGGAGAGGAGAAUGCUAUGGUGUGGCAUAGACAGGGAAAGUUCUGGAACUGGUUCAGAAGCUCCAUGGGAAUCUGCUUUGUGAGUGAAAAUGGGAGGACACUAGGACAAGGGAUCUUGUCAGAAGCAAGGCCAGAACUGGAUUGAGGUUGAGAGGUCAUUUUGAACUCUUAGCAAGUUACUGGAAUCAUCAGGAGGAGCCAUCUCAUCAAUCACGGCAUAAAUGCCCCAAUUAAACCUCGUGCAGCUCCUUGACCAAAACUUUUGUACUGGGAGCUGUGGGCACAGAUUAUUACAAAGUCUACAACGGGAAAGGAGAAUUUGAUUUUUUGGCUCCAUGGUAGCUUUACCACCUGAGAAUGACAGAAGAAGCAUUUCCGGAAACUAGAGGCUAAAGGCCACACAGAAACCCUAUCCCAGACAAUAAAGAGAGCUUGAGGUUUACACUUGCUUAGUAUUCUGCUCUUGUGUAAACUAGGUCCUUUGGAGGAAGGAGUUCUGUAUUGUGAUCAGAUGAGGAAGGCUUGAUUGAGCCCUGGGACUCAUAUUUUUCCUUCUGUCCCUGAGUAGGUUCUGCCAGUGAUGUGGUGUCGCUGAAGGCUGUGGCAUUCCCUUUGGCUCCUGCCGGAUUCAGGCUCACGGGACAUGAUUGCCUUUCCUAGAGAGCAUUGGGUAUUGGCACAGAUAACAGAUUGUUCCAUUCUGGGAGGUGGUAUCACUGCUGCAGAGAGGGAGCUCCGACCCAGUGAGAGGCAAGAUGGGAGGGGGACUGGCGUUGGGGCUUGCUUGCCUCUCUAGAGGACCCAGCUGGCACCUGGCUUGGGCUGGAAGGCCAGUCCCCCUUUCCGUUUUUCUUCCUAUAUUUGUCUAAUCCUGCUCCUGUGAUCUGACUUUCACAAACCAGCCUCGAUUCCAUUCAAGUUAUUUGGUGCUUUUUGACCCCAGCCCUUGUUAGUCAGAGCUGCUCCAUUCCCCAGCUCCCCAGGUUUCUUUCACAUACUGCCCCAGUUGGCCCCAUGGUUGGAUUUCUUGGAGAAGCUCAGUCUCUGGCCCCUCCCUGCUCUGUACCUUUGACCUGGGUUUCUUUGCAUGUUACUCAGCAUUUGGAGCCAGGGUAGUUACCUUGAGAGAAAUCUCUCCAGGAACUUACUGUCACCGUGUCAUUUCUAGAACUGGAGGUGCUUCUGGGAAGUGUUGUGGGAAAGAAAAGCCCCACCAAGGUUCAGGUGGAAUGUUCUUUUCAUCACUCUGCACUCCAAACCUUCAUGGUCAGGGGGCCCCUGGACCCCAAGCCUGCAGCUGCUCCCUUGCCUUCUCUGUGAGGUGCUCACCUCGCUGGGGUGUCACUUAGCAAAACUGAUGAUUCUUCCUGCCUUAAUACCAUGUGGAGGGUUGGGGUCAGCUCUGUGCACUUCUUUUUGUCAUCUGUGGGCUUCAUUCUCAUAGCUUUUUUGAUGGACGUGCCAGGGUUAUAGGAGUUAUAGUGCAGGUAUCGCCAUUGACCAGCACCUGAGAAAGUCACUGAACAUUCCUGGACUUCACUUUCUUUAUAUACAAUUAGUUGGUUGGCCUGAGAUCAUCUUUUCCACUUCAGACAUUUAUUGAAGAGGGAGCACUAGUCACAUGAAGUGGGCAAUUGGCACUUGGUGGCUGACCUGGUUCUAGAGGCUGGAAUGAUGUACUGAACUGUCCGCAGAGGAGUCCAUUACAUCAUAUUGACCAUGGUUCAAAGGUCAAUGACCAUGGCUCAGCCAGUAAGGAAUAGGUAGGAGCUACAAGUAAAAGAGAGUAGCCUUUUUAUUUUUAUUUUUUUGGCAAUGUCAUUGCAUUAUUUAUUUAGUCGAAGACAAAAGAAUAAGCAAAUGGUCUCCAUCUUUUCCUCGGGUGUUUUAGACCUGGAGAUAGAGCAUAAAAGUGUUGUUGAUUGAAUGGAGUCAAGUCUGCAUUUAUAGGUCACAGAAUGAAUUUAGUUUGACGGACUGUUCCUUCCAAACGUCCAGGAUUUCUUUCUCAAGAUCUUUGAGAGCUCAAACAUCCUUCGUAAAGUUGUCCAGUUCCUGAAGAAUGCUCUUCUGGAGCUACUGUGUCUUGUCUAGCCUACAUUGAUGUAUCUGGUGUAAAAACAUGAGCAACUUCUCAGAUGCUUUCAUAGCAUUUUGGAUAUAAAUAUCUUUUUUGUUGUUGUUGUUCCUAGACUCAGACUUUUUCUUCAAUUCUAAAGCAAAGUUUUCAAAGGAAGAGAUGACAGCAGACUCUCCUAGACUGUCUGGCUUAACCUACAAGGCUGCAGGAACUGGGUUUUCUCUUAACAUUAAGGCAACAGGGGGAAAUGGUGUGUGGUCCUCUUCUAAUUGUCCUUGUUUUGGCUUUAUCAAAGUAGUAUCUGAUAAAUCUGAUGCCCCCAUAUUUUGUGGUUUUCACUUGAGGAUGGCACUUUCCAUUGAGGAUUUGGGAGCUGUAUACUUUGAUCAAUUCGGUGACAUCUAAGUACCAUGGGGAUCCUCAUUGGACCUGCCCGAGAGGAAAGCUCUUAUCAGCCAGACAGGCUUCCCCUAGAGUGGGAGCUGAGCAGAAUGACCUCUUGUUUUUUGCCUCUCAACCAAUGCCUACACUUCGCUUCACCUUGGGAGGGGCAGUGGUGGGGAAACUGGCUUCCAAGAAUAGCCUUUUGGACCAGAGAAACCUGCAGACAAGCCCAACAGUCAGCUGAGGCUACAGGGGGUGCUUAACAUUGUGAGAGGUCAUCUUGGCAAGGAGCCUUAGUGAAGGCCCUUGGAUGAGAAUUGGAGUGGACCAGUCCGUUGUUUUGGGUCACGAGGAUACAGUCUAAGGUUUGCCCAGUUGUCAGUUUAUCCCUUGCUUCUUACCCCUCCUACAAUAAAUUCUUUCCCUGGUGCUUCCGGCAUAGGUAGAGGAGGAGUUUCAUCAAAGCAUUUGGAAAGACAGAGAAAUCCUAGCUAGAAAUGAAUGUUAGGAUAUUAGUAUUCCAUUUCCUUCUCAAACAUAUGUAAUUUCACAUAAGCAUCUUCCAGGCUUCCAUCCAUUGAAUCCACCUUACCCCUUUUUAGUUCCUUCCAUCCCAGGGGAGUUUUUAGGAAUGAUGUCUAGUGUUGGGAGUUUCUCAGAAUAGAUUAAAUUUUGAAAUGUGGAGGUGUAGCCUUGUCCAUAAAAAGCAUGUCCCUAAUUCCAGGUGUGCCAGUAUGGAAGGAGCAUAUCCCUGGAGUCUUGGGACCACAGCAGGAUGUAAAUCUGAGUUUGCAGUAUGGAAUUUGGGGUGAGGUAGGGGCUGAGCAGCCCACCCAGCAAGGAGACCUCUGCCUUCACUGAUGCAGCAGAGUUGGUGGCAGGUAUCAUCCCGGAAAUGCAUGAUAGCCUUUUUGUCUUUCUGCCGAAAUGUCGGGCUGACCUCUUCCUCUUCUCAUUCCAGUAACUGAAACAGCCCAAGUAAACAUAGUGGCUGUACACUGGCCUGCUGGCCCUGCUCUCUUGCCCCUCUGCUCCACAGUGAGAACAGAGAUGCUGCCUUGGGGGGGAGGGGUAUCUUUUCAGGAGGAAUAGGUAGGCCUGAGAUGCCCAGUGGUUUUUGUGCAGGCCAGCUCAGAUCUGAAGCCUCAUUACUAAACUCUCUUGCCUAAUGUUGCCAGGCUUAUUGUCCCCAUAUGACCCAAAUAAACAGACGAUCAU